GGCAGCAGUUGACAGUAGAGCUGGAGAGCCGGCAGGCGGCGGAGGGGGUAGUGUUAAGUUGCUAUCACCUGCCUCGCUCCCUCUCUCUCUCUCUCUCACUAAGACUACUCGCUCAAACUACUAAUACUAUCUCUCACGCACACACACACACUAGCCAGCGCCCAUGUUGAACAACGUUAUUGAACAAGAAGUGUUUUCUGAAGAACUUACGUUCUUAGCCAGAAAUUAAGUUCAAUGUAAAUGAAGUUCGGUGAUUUAUAUUGAAAAAAAAGUUAUUUAUUAAUAUACUUACAUACACUGCAAUAACUAGUAAAUUUAUCAAAGUGAUAAGCGUCAAAAAAAAAAAAAAGUGUAGCGGUUAAGAAAAUCAAACUUCGACAAAUAUACUGUAGUAAACCAUACCAUAGAAUAGUAUAUUGUUAGAAUAGUGUGUGUGUUAGUGGUGUAUGGUUUGUGAGGAGGGUGUAGUGAGCAGUGUGGUAGGAGGAGGAGGAGGAGGAGGUGGAGGGGUGUACCCGGAUCUGGAGGUUGUGGGUAGUGUGUCAUGGUGGUGUUCCCCCCCUCAACCUCCACCAUGCUCCUCCCACCAUAACACCAUGACUAUUGUCUCAACAUACUCUUUGGAUGUGGUGCCCCUGGUGGUGGGUGAGCGCGGGGUAGUGGGCGGGUGCCUGCUGACCGCUAUGUCCGGGGUGGAAGCAGAACCACAGGCUGCCCCUUCACCGCCCCCCUUGCCAACCCACACCGCCGCCCACCCGCCCAUCGAUAAGCACCAGCAUGACCCUUGCAUCGUCAGCGAGGGCGUGCCUGGGGUGGUGGGCAGAAGUAGACGCAAGCUGGAGAAUGAAGACAGCAGCUAUGAUAGUGACUUCGAGCCCUGUGAACGUACUGAAGAUGACGAACAUGAAGAUGUGUGUCGAACCGUGUCUGACACUCUGUGUGCAGAGUACGCAGAGUACGUCACCCUGCAUAGUCCCUCUACCACCACCACUACUGCAACAACCACCUCUACUACCACUGCCGCUGCUACCACUAUCACUCCGACUACUGUCAGCCUCGCUACAAGCACCACUACCACUACCACCUCAUCCACUACACCGUCAGUCAUUACAGCAUCAUCCAACACAGCCUCCGUCACCGCAGCAACAACAGCCUCCGUCACCACAGGAACAGCAACUACAGCAUCUGUCACUACAGCAACAGCAACUACAUCAUCUGCCACCACAGCAACAGCAACUACAGCAUCUGUCACCACAGCAACAGCAACUACAGCAUCUGUCACCACAGCAACAGCAACUACAGCAUCUGUCACUACAGCAACAGCAACUACAGCCUCUGUCACCACAGGUACAAGAGUCACAAAGUCCACCAGCACACCAUGUACAGGCAGUGGAGGCAAAAACAGUCAUUUCAGCGUGAGAUGUGCAUCACCAGUAGUGCGAGUGUGUUCAGCACCAGCUGUGUCAGUGACACCCCCAGCUAUCACCACCGCUGUAACACCACCAGUCACCAGCACUACCAUAAUGACCAUAGCACAGUCUACCCCAGCGUCCAACACAUCUGCAGUGGCUACAUCUGUGACCAGCAGUACUGUCAGUACCCCGGUAUGCAGUCCAAUAGCGGACCAGCCAGGGGGAUUAGCGUGGGUAGUUCUGCGUCCCAGCUAUGCUUCACAGGUCGAAUUUGGUGUCAAACUGGGUUACUCCGAGUCUCUGGUGCAGAUGGCGCUGGUCAAGCUGGGAGGCACGCCAGACAAGGAUGAGCUUUUAGCUGAGCUUAUACGUCUUGGGACCAGCGUCCCCCGAGGCGAUGGAGACGCAGAUUCGUCGGAUGACGUGACGGACACCAAGGAAGAUGUGGAACAGCAACAGCAGCAGCCGCUCAAACCUAUCAUCAUAGAUGGCAGCAACGUUGCUAUGAGUCACGGCAACAAGACAACUUUCUCAUGUAGUGGGCUGCGUGUGUGUGUGGACUGGUUCCGUGCCCGCGGCCACACUGAGAUUACCGUCUUCGUGCCAGCCUGGAGGAAGGAGGCGCCCCGCUGGGACACGCCCAUCGCUGACCAAGAUGUACUUUUGGAAUUGGAGCGAGAACGUGUCUUGGUAUUUACACCUUCCAGAGUAUGUGGCGGCAAACGUAUCGUAUCCUAUGAUGACCGCUACAUACUCAAAGAGGCAAUGACUUCUGGCGGCGUUGUUGUCAGUAAUGAUAACUAUCGUGAUUUGGCUGCAGAAUCCACAUCCUUCCGACGGGUCAUAGAAGAAAGUUUACUUAUGUACUCUUGGGUUAAUGGUCGCUUUGUACCUCCUGAUGAUCCUAUGGGAAGAAGCGGACCAACUCUUGAUGUGUUUCUACGGCGAAGUACCAGAGACAAGCAGGCGCCUUGCCCUUAUGGACGGAAAUGUACUUACGGUAACAAAUGCAAGUAUAUGCAUCCAGAGCGAGGUACAGCCCCACUGAAGUCUGUGACAGAACGACUGCAAGAACAGGCACAGAGGCACUACCAAAGUAAAGCCAGUAGCAGAGACUCAUCACCAGGCGAAGGUCUCCGAGGCAAGAGUUUAUCACUACCAGUAGGUAUUGCAGAGACUGAUGUAACUAAAAAGCCUUUAGCACGCACACAGUCAAUAGUGCCAUCAGUGUCUCUUACUUUGCCAUCAGCACUUACUCAAGAGACUCCAACUCAUGAUCUAGGACCCAACACCACAUCUGCUUCAUCACACUCUCACCAUCACCUCAUGCCCCCACAUCUGGACACACGCCCACUUGAUCCACUACGUUCUUCAACUAUGUAUAAUAGUGAUUCAUCUCUCUAUCAUAUUUAUCCUUCCCAGAGUUCUCAGACUAACUAUGGAUCAUCUACAUGGUGGAAGGGUCAAGGAAAUGAAUUAACAAUGAGGUCAAUGACCAGUUCACAAGGAGCCCCACCUCAGAGUCAGUCCCAGAUGUAUGGCCCUCAUCUUUCAGUUACAAAACAAAUGUCUGAUCCAGAUCCAGCUGCAUCUGAUAAUCCUCAUCGGAAGUUACAACGACAGCUUACACUGAAUCCAGCAUAUGAUUCUCGCCUUUACAAAAUAGUUGGUUUCAGAGAACCUGCUCCAGAGCACUUUCCUCUUGCUAGUUCUGGUCAGCAGCAGACAGCAGGACAAGGUUCUCCAAGUAGGACAAUGAACCGUGACAAUGAAGCGUUGGCUUUCUCUCAAGUGCAAAGUGGCAUGACAGAACGUCUGUCUCCAGGAUAUUCCUCACCAUAUGGGAGCCGAGAGCAGCUACCAGCAGGGAUGCAUCCACCUCUUGCCCGGCACUCAUCACAAGAAUGUGCCAAGCAUAUGCCUUCUUUACCUCCUCAUUUGUACCCCACUUAUUCCCAUCCUAAUGUUACACGCUUUGCCUCUGCUCCAGACUCAAUCUGGGGAGGACAUCAACAGGCAGCUCCUGGGCCACCACAAAUCACACGCUUAAAUUCAACAUCUGACACAAGAUUAAAUGUGUAUAGUAGUAGUGAUUCACAUUUCUUCUCUGAUGUUUUUGAUGAGCAGUUGGCACGUUUACCACAGUUCCAUUCUGUGGGCCCUCAGCAUAGUGCAAGUCCUGGCCCAGGUGCUCCUUCACCAGGGCCAAUUUGUUCUAGGCCAAUGUCUCAACAAGGUCCUGUUCUUCAUCACUCUCCAAGUGUGUCUCCUAGGCAACAUACACCUCCACAACAGCAACAGCAAUCAAUGGGACACACUUCAAAUUUUCCUAGCCCUAUUCCUGGUACUACAAGCCAUGAGGAUGCUCGCUUACACGUUUUUUAUCACUUGUCUAACCUAUUUCCAGAAGCUCAAGUUAGAGCUGUACUGGCAGUGUAUCCAGAAGAGACGGACCCCCAGAAAAUAUGUAAUUAUAUAUUAGCUCGCAACCCUGGGCCUGUUGGGUCGCGCCCAAUGUCUCCCCAACAGCUGCCACAGUCAGGAGUAGGUCACCAGUCUCAGGGUGUCCCAGUUCGUGGAUCCUCUCCCCUCUCAGCUGGUUUCUCAAGUUCCCUUCCAACUGCUGCAUCCAGUCAUGAGGAUGCACGUUUACGUAUAUUUUAUCAUUUAUCGCAAUUGUUUCCUGUAGCUCAAGUGCGUGCUGUUUUAGCUAGGUAUCCCGAGGAAACGGAUGCAAAGCAGUUAUGUGCCACUCUUCUAAGUCAUCUAAGUGGCAAUCAGUCCUGAAGUUAGCACAAUGCAAAUGAACUACUGGUGCAUAUCGUCAGGUCAACAACUGAACAACUGCAGCAUUUCUUAUGUUUUAUAACAAGAUACUGGUGAUCCCAAUUAUGCAAUGUUUCAUGUUCACAUUGCUCUUCUGAAAGGCAAAAGAAAAUAUUUAACUUCAGUUAGAAACAUUAAAAUCUUCUUAAAAUUCAUUCCAAGAUAUUGGUAAUAUUUAUUGUAGUUCAGAGAAGUGUGAUAGUUAAAUGUACUUAGAAAUUUUAACAUUGAGUGAGGCUGAUAGUAUUAAUGUAAAUAUUCACAUUAAUGUAUGUAAAGGUUAAAAGUAUAAUGUUUAAAAAUAAUUAGAAUCAGAGUGGUCUGUAAGUGAAUGAUUGUACAUAUUAUUUGGAUAGAAAUACAAUUAGGAUGACUGUUUUCAACAUUGGCAGGUCAAGAGUCAUUGCCUUUGUGGAUGCAUUUACAAACGUACAUAAAUGUUUUACCAUGCCUGCAGAUAAUUACUGCUAGUUCAAUUUGACAGUAGUAUAUAUAUUACUUGGGUACUAGCACUGCUGCGAUUGCUACACUUUAGUUCAGGAUGACAAGCUUCGGUUAUGGUUCUUCUGUUCUUCUAAGUGUAAUUGGAGUGUCUCUCAUGUCUUAUGGACAGACUGGAGAACGUGGCUGGAGCUCUCUUGCAAUGUCAUAAAGUCACAACAGUAUAUAUAGGAAUGGCGCCCUUUCAGUAUGUAUCAACUAUUGUGUUACCAAGAACCAGUUUGUAAGCAGGAGGACUCAACAGCCCAUGUUAGUAUGUGCCAUAAGCUGCCAUGGCUUCCAGUCGACCCAGCACAGUUAGUGAGUUGGAUACACAUUAUAUUUUUUUUUUUCCCUGGUGCUAUGCUGGCUCAGCUUGUGAGGCUUGUAUCACUAGUUACAUGAAACGAUUUGCUCAGCAUCUAGAUACUGAUAGUAUUCUUAAUUAAAGAAUUGUCAGGGAAUCACUUGAAAUGGAAGAAGAAUGAUAUUGCUACUGUUGAAAGUUUAGCCACAAAGGGAGAAACUUGUAAUUAGUGUUGACAGUUAAUGUUAUGGUGAGCUGCAAGACUCUUAGUCAUUGAGAGUAAUAGGAUGAGUGAGUUGGCACAAACCUAUCAGGUGGAACAGAUUAUUUUUGUUAUGAAGAUAGAAUGUUUCUAUUAUUACAUAAUAUUCAUGAAGUUUUUUUUUAUUUUACUACCCUUUCUCUUCUUUUAUGCAACGUGUGUGUGUAAGAAAGCCACCAGAAAGUGUGACAUCUGAGUGUGGUUUGGUUUUGUGAUGUUUGAUCACCUCAGGUUCACAAUUUCCUGGAAGAUACUGCAGUAGUACUUUCAACAGUGAGCUUUAUUGAGGUUGGUAUGUAUACAAACCUAGCAGAAUCACACUUUCAAAGAUGGCUGGAGUGAAGCGUGACAUAACAAUACUAUGUAUUGUGGGCUGUACUGGGUGUGUACCCAACCAUUGUGUUGCUACAUUUACUGCUUCCAUUCAUCACCAGGUUGAAGCAGAGGCUAUUCAUAUUGCUCCUCAGUGUUCAUUCUUCCAAUAGUGUGAGUGUGCCAGUAAUGAUGGGGUUGCUAUGUGUGACUUCUAUUCAACCUGCCAUUUGGGUUAUGGUGAUGAAGGUUAUGCAGUGAGUGUAGCUUGACCGCUGCAGAGCGGUAACUGUGUAGCUCAUAUUGAUCUUGAGGGUUUACCACACUUCGACUUAAGUCUUCUCAUUUAAGAAGAAUUAUUUAAUGGAUAUUAUUUCCAUUACUUAAUAUCUGAAGUGCACUAAUCCCAGACUAUUUUAUUCUUAUUUAUACUCACAUCCAUGUUAUAUAAGGUGGAUAAAUUUAAGCCCUGAAAUUUUUUCACUGUAGAGGUUUUGGUGCAGUUCUUCAAAAAUUUUGUAAAAGAAUUAGAAUAAUCCUUUUUUUUAAGUCUAGGAGGUGACCCUCUCUUGGCUUUUCACACUGACCUUCCUACACUCAAAAUAAAGAAGAAAAAACUAAA